CUUUUGUCCAAAUACCAUCCUGUGACCUGUUUAAAGAUUGCUAGUGGUCUAAUGAUAUGCAGUUUCCCUGUUCUGGUAAACCACAUUUAUCAUCACUCCUAAAACUUGAAUAUGGUAGCCAGAUGUAGCGUACUCACAAUGCUAUAUGGUAUUUCCAAUUUCAGGUCAUGUUGGGUCAACUAAUCAAUAGAGUUUCUUGCCAUGCACUUGAUUCCUCUAGAACUGCCACUGAUGAAUCUAUUUGUGCUGAUCUUUUAGAUGUACGCAGGAUAGUUCCAAAUAGCUUGAGGGCUAUCAAACAUGGAUGGAAUGAGUAUAAGCAGCAAACAGUUCUACCUGCAAGUGCAGCUACCGUGUUCCUAAAUUUCAAUGUUGCACUUGCUCCAGGUGCCAUAAUGACUGCAUUAUUGAUGCAUCGUGGUACCAGUCCAUCCAUUGUUGGUGCUUUCAGUGGAUUGUGCUCUAUCAUGGGCCUUGUUGCAACAUUCAUCUCCUCAAGCCUGGUGAAAAGAGUUGGAAUUCUAAAGGCGGGAGCUGCUGGAUUGAUAUUUCAAGCUUCACUCUUGUCAAUCGCGCUCACAGUGUAUUGGGCUGGUUCAAUUUCGCAAACGACACCUCUACUUAUAUUCCUAGCAUCCAUUGCAUUGUCGCGGUUGGGGCACAUGUCUUAUGAUGUUGUGGGGACUCAAAUUGUCCAGACAGGUGUUCCUGCUUCAAAAGCAAAUCUAAUUGGAGGAAUGGAGGUUUCAAUUGCAAGCCUUGCGGAGCUAGUCAUGCUUGCUAUGGCUAUAAUUGCGAAUGAUGUCUCCCAUUUCGGCUUCCUGGCGAUCCUGUCUGUGUCAUCAGUUGCUGGGGCAGCAUGGAUGUUCUGUCGGUGGUUAACAAAUCCAACAGAUGAGCAGAGGGAACUAUUCAUGGUUGAUCCCCUUUAUCAAGUUCAGGCAAUGUAAGUACUGGUUUUUGUAUCUUUGCUGUUACUUUAUUAGGAAAUCCGGGAUCAGAAGUUUUUGAACUUCUAAUUGACAAGGGAUAUUUGUAUGUCUCUCAAUCUUAUUCUUUGGCAGGAUAUUUGCAUCCCUGAUUUCCAGUUUAGCUAUUAUCUAAAUGGAAACUACUAUUAUUAAUGUCCAGACAUAAAAUAUUAAUCACUCGUAACGUAAUAAGAUGUUACCUCACGUUUUGCAGAUAGUGGAUGAGGCAGGAAACAACCAGGAAAACUGCAGGCGCCUACUUGCUGGUGGUGCUUGUUGGAUCUGCAAUACCGUUACGAUGAUACUAAGAUACAGUGUGACAUUUAGGUUCAAUACGGGAUACACUUAGGGUAGAAGCAUUUGCUCCUCGUGGCCUCAGCCAUGCGCAGAAUUCAAUUUGUAUACUCGUUCAUCUCCUCACCUGUACAACACAUAUUUGAUCUGUAUAAGUGUUACUUGUUAUAGCUGAUGUAGAACAACAUUAACAGCCAUCGGUAGCACACAGUCAAUGAAAUCUAACCCCCUCACCUUUCCUCUGAUGCUGC